AUGAUAGUACUGGGCUUUGUAGUAUGUGGUAUUGCAUGGCAUGUAAUUGAAAAUCCGUUUUUCAUCAAGUUUUUGAAGACUUUACGCCCAGGACACACUCUUCCAUCAAAGAAGUACUUUCCAGCUUGUGAUGGAUGGACGAACUCAGCAAAUGAAUCAAUUUGGAAUUUUUUGAUUCAUACGCCUGAUCAUGAGGAAUAUCUGUGGUGUUUAAAGGGCCUACCAAGCGAAAGUCAUUCUAGUCAUUCUGCACAUGCUAGUAAUCUGAUUUCAAAAGAUAUUUGCUCUACUUCAUUUGCAAAUCAGAUCUUAACAAAAUGUAAUACUAUAGUAACAUAUUUUAAAAAAAGCCAUCAAGGAGACGAGGCCAAGGCUUGUGAUAUUAGUGGUGGAGGACUAAAAAAAUGGGUAGAUACAAGAUAUGGGGAAAAUAGCGAACGUAAAAAAUUAAUGCAUCAGAUGAAAAAAUAUCGUAAAAGAGAAAAUCUUGAAGUAGGUGAAGCUGAAACUCCAGAUGAAUGGUGUUGGAUGUUUUUGGUCAAGUCUUGGUUGAUAUAUGGUAAGAGGAGGACUAAAAAAGAAUUACCACAUUACAGUGUGGAAAAAUCUGCUGAAGAAAUUCAUCAAAUUUUUAUUGAUACUCAUUUGAAUCCCGACCAAGACCUUUUUGAAUUAAAUGACGAUUUGCCUAACAAUGUAUUAUAUAUUAUAGAGAGUGAAAAUGAAGAAGUGGAUGAACCUAUGAAUGAAAAUGAAGAUAAUAAUAUUGAAUGGGACCCAGCUGCUGAAGCUGUUGAAAUAGUUGAUACAAUGUAA